CACACAUAUACCUAUACCUAUAUACAGCUCGACUCUGCGCCUAUUAGAGCGAGUUUUCGCAGUAAUAGCGCAGCAACGAACGCGACAAGAAGCUCUCGCUCGAGCCUCAGCAGCAUACACAUUACACAUACGUAUAUAAUAUAAAGGAGUCGUGUGUCGUGCAGUCGAGUCGCGCGACCGAAAACACGAAAUAACAGCAGCGUAUAUAUAGCUUGAUUCGAAGCCUAUCGAUAAAAUACAUAGCGCAGCACACACACACACACACUCGAGAGGAGCAACAACAACAAUAAUAAUAAUUGCUCGUGUGUGCAUAGGCUGUGUAUUAGCUCUCUGGUGCGCGCGUGCGUGUAUGUGUCUCUCUCUCUCUCUCUCUCGUUUCUGCCCAGUGAGUGUGCGAGUGCGUGCGAUCCCCGCCUGUGUCAGUGUGCGCGUGUGUAUAAUACAUUGCAAUAACUAUAUCGCGCCUAUAUAUAGGCAAGUGGAUAUAUAGAGCCCACUGCUCUCUUAUAUACAACACUCGGCUCCACAGUCAGCAGCAGCAGUUCUCUCACACUUUGGCUACACAUACACACAUCUACCUAUAUACUCAUCGUCGUACACAGCAGCGAUCGCGGGGCAGCAGCAGCAGCAGCAGCAGCUCUGAAAAGCGCGUGAUACACAUUAUAUACAUAUAGUAACACACACAGACAUAUACACGACAGAGAAGAGAAUCACCACAGACCCAUCGGUGUACUCUAACUCUUUUGGCACGCACAGUAGCAGUCGCAUCACAUUGUACAAAUAGGCAGGCUAUAUAAUACUAACGCACGCACACCACCACCACCACCAACCGCAUCUUCGUGGAAAAACGGAAGAAAAAAAAGUUGCACGCGAGUUAAAGCAGCAAGUUUUGGAAGACGUGCGAGAGAAGAAGAAGUAAAAAAGAGUGCUAAAAUAUACAGUUUUUGAGCUCUCCGAGUUGCAUCGAUAUAGAUAUAUAUAUACCGUCGUCGUCGCGCAGACACACACACACAUGCAAAAGUACGUGUGCGCGAGUCUUCAUGUAUAAUUCCCAGCAAAAAAUGUACGCUGAAAGUUCGAAGGAAAUUACGUAAAGUAUCUGUCGUCAAAAUGCCUCCCGCCUGGAGCUUCGAUAAUCCAGGAGCAGCUCCCUAAAAGCUCGCUUCGGAGAGCUUCCAACAAAUAAGCAAAAAAAUAAAAGGCCAGUGCUGUAUCGACCGAGCAAACACUUUGGACAUCACACACACACACAGCUAGAGGAAUCUUCAUUUUAAAAAAAGCAAAAAAUUAAACAAACAAAAAAAAAUAGAAAAAAAAAACUUGAAAAAAAAAAUCACUCAAAAAAAGUCAGUGCGACGCCGUGGCGUCGUUUGAAACAUGCUCGUAACGCCGUUUCCCAGCUCGAUAGACAAUAAUCAGCAGCAGCCGUCGCAGGAGAACAACGAGUUGAUCGAAGGAGACGGCAGCAUGAUGAACAAGCAGCCACAGAACAAGACAGCCGGCGGCUUGGCUAACAACGAGGUCGGAGUCGGCGAGGACGACAAGCACCAGGAGCCGUUUCCGCCCCACGUCGACGUCGAGAACAUCGUGAUACUCUCCGAGUCGCCGAGCAGCAAGCGCCAGACCCUCAAGACGUUCGCCGAGGUGCAGGCGCUGCUGCAGGCGGACAAGGUGCGCGAGGUCAAGCUGAUUCUACGAGAGAACGCCUGGCCGCUCAACAACGGCAUCCGGCGGCAGCUCUGGCCCGCCCUCAUCAGCCAGCACGCCAGCGUCAACAAGGCCAUCGAGGGUUACUACUGGGAGAUGGUCUGCCAGGUGCUGGGAACAAGUGAGAUACCGGAGAACUCGAUCAUGCUGCCGCCGUUCGUCGACAGCUCCCAUUGCCUGUCCUACAAUCUGACGCGCCGGGGCAGGAGCGUCGCCGACAGGAUCGUCUCCAUACUGGGAUUCGCCUGCCCGGACAUCACUUACAGCCCGUGGUUGUAUCCCAUAACCGCGAUUUUAUUGCAUUUUUUGACGGAGGAGCAGUGUUACAAUUGCAUACAAUAUUUAAUAGGAUCUAAGAAGAAAAUGUUUAUCACACAAACCAAGCUCGUUUACGAAUGCACAUGGAAAACGGUCGAACAAAUUACCAAAAAACAUGUGAAAUCGGCUGCGAUGCAUUUGACCAGACACCUCUCGGGCUCUCGAGCCGAGAGAAUCUACAUGGACUGGAUCUGGUGGAUUCUGCAGCUGUUGCCGUUUCAACAUCUAGUCAGAGUUAUGGACUGUUUUUUGCACGAGGGCAUCAAGGUCUUCUAUAGGGUAGCGAUGGCGAUCAUUUUGCUGUUUUACAAGUACUCGUCGAAUCAGGAUUCUGAGUGGAUGGCCGAGAUUAAUAAGCACGGCGUGGAUCAGGCCCUCUCAAAGUUCUGCCGGCAGAUGCCUGUAUCGCCGGCAAAAUUUCUGAAAACUGCAUUCGGCAUUCGGAAUCUGACCUCGAAUUACAUAUCGCGGGUGUUUAUAAGCACCGAAAUGAAUCUCCGUAGCCGUUACGCCAUGACCGGAUCCAACUCGCUGGUCAAGUCGCGAUCCACCGACACCCUGCCGACCAGCCAGUCGCAGAUGAACAUCCAGAUGAUGUCUCACACUCUCACGAUUCGCGAGCAAGAAUGUGAAGACUCUUACAAAGACAGGGGCGCCCACAGUCCCGGACCACGCGCCCAAUCCCUGGGCGUUUAUCCCAUACAAAACAUUAAAUCGCAGAUAUGCGAUCAGCCCGAUCUCUUCACCCUGUGGUCCUGGUUGCCCGUAAGAAUUACCAUGUACCAGCCGGUCCUUUUGUAUACGACUGAAGAACACGGCUGUUCGCUGACAACGUUCUACGUUCGUGUAGAAAAAUACGAGCCAACCCUCAUGAUGAUCAAGACUUGUAACAAUGAGGUUUUUGGUGCGUAUUGUUCGACCCGCUGGUGCGAGAGAAAUUUGAAGGACGACAAGGGCAACAGACAGGCCUACUUCGGCACGGGUGAGACAUUCCUGUUCAGUCUAUAUCCCGAGAGAGCGAAGUACGCCUGGGUCGGCAUGGACACGGCCCACAGCGAUUCCAAAGUCGAUCAUUCGGCCGAGCUGUUCAUGGCGGCCGACGCGAAGAUGUUAACCAUCGGCGGUGGCGAGGGUCAAGCAAUAUGGAUGGACGAGAACAUCAGGUACGGCAAAACGGAUCGCUGCUCCACGUUCAACAAUCCGCCGCUGUGUGCGAGCGGCGACUUUGAGAUACGCGUCCUCGAGGUCUAUGGUUUUCACGGCGCUUAAAAUUGAGCGAGCGAAAAGAUUUAAAGAAAAAAAACAAACAAACAAACUAAGCAGCAGUAGUAGAAACAAUGAAGUUAUAGGAACAAAAACAAAAUAAAUAGAAAACAAAAAUGAACGGCAGCAUUAUUAAUAAUAAUUAAAGAAAAAAAAAAGAGUAACGAGUAUUCGAUUUCCUUACUGCCAUUACGAGCGUCUCUCUCUAUAUAAUAUACUGUAUGUAUCUAUAUGCGUGUAUAACGAACAUAUAAUCUAUUUUUCUGCUCUCACUCAGCAAUUUACAUUUAGAAGAUACACUCGAAAAUAUUGAUAAAUAUAUACAUUUGUAUAUAUUCCAAUUGUCGUUAGGUUCGUUACGAUUUUUUUUCAUUAAACCAAAUGUUGAACUUUCUCGUUAUCGAAGAAAAAAAGAAAGAAAGAAAAAAUCGAUGAGAGAGAAACAAUCCCUCGUUCGCCUAAUGAUUAGCUAUUUUUUAUUAAAACAAAAAACAAAACAUAUAUAUGAUGUGUAAAUGCCUUGCUAUCAAAGCUAUUGCCCAUCGAUUCGUGAGAAUCUUCGAUUAUAAAAAUUAGACGUAUAGGUACUCGAAAGCAAAGAAAAAAACUUACACACGGUUUCGUUACAAUUACAACACGAACGUAGAGAGACCAAGAUUUGCACGAAUGAGUAAUUUUUAUUGAAUCGCCAUUGUAAUUAUUUUACAAUGACAAAGUUAAAAGAGCAACCAAAUUUUGUUUUCUUCUGCGUAAAAAGAGAAUACUUGAUUGUUUUUCAUCCGUUGAAUAGAACGGCACGAGGCCUAUAUACAGAUUCGAAUGAACAAAUAUGUAUUCAUAUAGUCUAUUUUCUAUAAAUAUAUAUUGUAUAUUACAAUUGUGUUUGUCCUUGUUGACAUAUAUUCGGAAAGAAUACAUGAAUGAAAAAAAAAUGCUUUAUACAAAUUAAAUCAACAAAAAUAUGUGUACAGAGGCUAACGGCCGGUCGCUAGUACUCUGUGCCAUGAAAAAUAUGUUGAUAGUCGCGUAAAAAAAUCUGUUAUUAUCGACAUUAAUUGUUUGUAAUAUCUGACAAUAACAAUUAUAAAAAUGACACAACAAAAUAGAUUUUUGAUCAAAACACACGUAGUUGAAUGAUUCUUUGUGUAUCUUUUUUGUACCCUCUACUUGAAAAAAAUGAAAAACGAACGAUAUGAUUCAAUAGUGAGAUUACUUAAAAAAUUGUUGAAUCAGAGAUUUAAGAUAAUUCAUUUAAAACCAUUGUGUAAAUAUUAUAUUUAAUCGUGUCUGUUUAUAAUUUAUAAAAAUGCAUUGAUAUUUGUACAAACGCGAGUUGUUUCAUAGCGAUUUAUUUAUCAUUUAGGCUUGUUAUAUUUAUAUUGUAGCUUUACGUCGAUGUUAGUAAAAAAAUGUUUAAGUUUGUUUUUUAUAUUGUAACAAGUCUCUCUUUCCUGUGUAUAUAUUAUAAAUAUUUUAUCGUAUUAUGAACUAGGCGAACGUAAACUAUCGGAAAUAAUGUAAUUUGGUAGUUGGUGCUGGCGCACGCGAGUCUGUGAGAGAAAGAAAGAAAAAAUGGAAGACUAGUCGAAUGACAUCUCAUCAGUUUCAUUCUAUAUAUGAUAAAUUAAUUAAUUACGAACGAUACAUGUAUUUUGCAUACACGUUUCUAUAUAUUGUCGUAGAGUUCAGACAAAAUAAAGUGGCUGGCACCACCGCAAAGAAAAAGCGAUCAAAAUUUUCGUUUUAGAAAAAAAAUAUAAAUAUAUAUAAACAUAUAUGUAUUUUUUCAACAAUUUUAAGCUUCGCAAAAUAAGCAUUAUUACUAUUUUUUCUCGCACAUAUAACUGAGCAUAUGAACAUACAAAAUACACACGGAUAUGAUCAGAUAAAGCGCAUGUAUAUCUAACCAUGAAAGUAUUUCUAAACUAUAAAAGAUGUCGAAUAAAUUAUCAUGACCCCAAGUGUAGUAUUAUGUAGUAGCAAAUGAGAGAGGACUGAAAAUGUCACAUGACUAUUAUAUUUAUAUAAAACAACAAAUCAUCGAUAAUUCGUUUGCUUGAAUGCUGUAAAUUAUAUAAGAAAAGAUAUAGCAAACUUUUAGUUGUCUUCUAUGAUAAAAAAAAUAUGUUUUUACCAAAGUGUGCGUAAGACAUGAGAGCUUACGUGUGCGCACUACACUCACAAAACGGUAUUGUUGAAUAAAAAGCACGUUAUGCAGUAUGAUUGAACAAUACGAAUGAUUUUAUGUCUAUAACAAACGCUGUAUAGAUUACAAAUCGAAUAUCGAAAAGUUUUAAAUAGUUGUUAAAGAAAAAUCGAAAAAAUGCAUGAAAAAACCCAAAUCAAUUGUUGAAGCAUUAUUUAAACUUAGAGAAAAAAGAUUAGAUUGCAUUAGAAAUAGAGAGUGCACGAAUAAUCCUGUGCGCGUAACGAUGCAUAUCAUAACAGUCACGCCGAGCGUGAAACGAAUCAUUCGAUGUUUUUGUGCAAUUACAGUUCACAUCCGAGAGCAAAUUAACUGUAAUAAAUCUUUGUAGACUUAUAUAAAAAGUAGAGAUGCAAAUAAAAGUUGAAUUUAUAAUGUCUGUUGAACACGUGAGAUGCGUUUGUUUUUUUUCUUGCGAGGAAAAAAGCGCGUAUUUAGCAUAAUACAAAUACUUAGUUGGUACUCUUGUGUUAUUACAAUGGAUCUCAUGUUAUAAAAUAUUAAUUUACGAAAAAGAAACAGAAUGCAGUUAAAAUAAUGCAAUAGAAUUUCAGUUUAGAGGAAAAAUCCUUUUUUCAAGCAAUACCUACUACUGCUACUACUACUACUACUACUACUACAACUAUUACUACUACUAUUUUUGAGAUUGAAAGCGUCGAUAAAAAUAACGCAGAGUAUCAACGCUUUCUUUUUUCGAAAAAACCUCUGUACAAAUUCAAAGAUAAUUUAAUUACUUUUACUGCGUGCAAGUGUAAUUGCCUGAUGUCAAUUGUAAAAAGAUUGAGUUUAAGUAUGUAUCAAUUCAUAUUAAUCGCAAAUAACGAACUAGAACAAUUAAAAGUGAGUCUUUUAAGCUAUACUAUA